CCGGUUAGACUCCAGCCCAUGCAGCAGGGCGUGAUCCACAGUUUCAAACUGAAGUACCGCAGGCGGCAGCUCAGACGCAUCCUCCAGGAGAGACAGAGGCAGUGCGGGGCGACAGACGAGCAGCUCGCCGGUCAGGUCACCGUGCUGGAGGCUAUCCAGUGGAUCGGCUCGGCCUGGGAGGAGGUGACUCCCCACACCAUCCAGACGUGCUUCGGGAAGGCCGGCUGCGUCCAACCAGAAGUCAAGGUAGAGUCAGUUGAAGACAAGGCUGAGGCAGAGAUCUGGACCAGAGAUACUUCAGCAGCCAUGGACAAGCUGACACAGGAACUCUUCGGAUGUAAGUUUGAAGAGUUGUCAGUCAUCGACCAGAUGCUGCCCACAUGUGACAUGGAAGGGCGGGACUGGGAGGAGGAUGCCACCAUCCUGCUGGAUGAGCUUCAGGAGGAGACAGUGGAGGAGUCUGAUGGUGAUGAAGAUGACACAGGAGAUAACAGGGAUGAGUUGGAAGUCAUUGAUCAAGACACGGAGGCGAUGGAUGACACUGAAGCUCACAGGGACAAUCCUAUCAAGGAUCUGAACACCUUGAUGGACUUAAUGAAGUACAUCAAGCGUUUCUGUGCAGAGGAGGGACUCGGUGAUCUCCUGAACACCUUCCACCAGGCAGAUGAAAUGCUGAACUCAGUUUGGAGCGAACGCCAAGCUGCACGGCUCUACAAAAUAGACCAGGAAUGAGGACAAGCUCCAAUGCAAUGGAAUCAUGUGUAGCUUCUAUAUAUGAGCCUUCACAAGACUUGUACUGCAAUGUUAGAUAUUGAAAUUCUGCAUAGAUUUAGUUUUUUUUUUCUAAAAGAUUUUGUUUUCUUUUAACAUUGUUCUAUUCCCUAAACAUGUAGAGAAACAUGUGUACAAUGGAACUCAACAGAGAAUGUAAUAACUGAAUGAGUUUUACAGGAAAUAUUUUCAUGUUCUUGUGCUUAGCUCUUUUUCAUUUCAGCUUAUAAUGCAUCAGAUGAAUUGGCACAUUCAUAUACAUAUGAAUAAUUGUGAUGAAAGUUAGUUGAAAUUCAUGUCUCUGACUUUUCUUUCUGCACUACUUUCUAUACCAGAGGAACACAUAUCCGACUAGAUACAGUGUGUGUGGGUUUAGCCAGGAUUCCUUAUUGUCAGAUAAGCUCUUUCAAAUGCUCAAAAGAAAGGCCAAAGCAAAGGAUGUACGAUAGGAGGAUAUAGUAUUGAGAGAAGCGUAGACUAGGGAAAGUAAAAUAAAAAUCUUUAUCAAAUACUAAGUAGUAUGGGCGCCCUCAAGCGGAAAGCACCACGUGUGCAGGUUUGACUUUUUCCUGUGACGU